CUUCUUUGUGGGGGGUUUGUUUCGGUUGACUCUUACGUGUGUAGUUCGUCCCCACCGUGAGAGGUGGAGUCAUGGAAGCAAAAGCGGAGCGGAGGAGGAGGUAGUUUGUCAUCGGAAAGCCAGGCAGGCAGGGGAGUCUGCUAGGUCGGAACUUGGCCGUGGUACGGGGGAGGGGGAGAAAUAUGCCUUUGAAGUGCUUUGCAGCUGAAUGGUGAAUUGUGCUAGUUCGGGCCUGGAAAUACCCACCGCUUUACUUUCUCGGCUGUAGGUGGAGACUCGGCAUUCCCCCCACCCUUUCAGCUACUUUAGCGAGCAAAGCAGUCGUUUGAAGUGGUGGGACCUGGGGCAGACCUAGCUGCUGUGCAGGCCGAGGGCAGGCGAGAACAAUGGCUACCCAGUCUGAUCUGAUGGAGUUGGACAUGGCAAUGGGAGACAGUAAGGCUGCAGUGAGCCAGUGGCAGCAGCAGUCUUACCUGGACUCGGGCAUUCAGUCUGGAGUCACCACCACAGCACCGUCUUUGAGUGGGAAAGGAAACCCUGAUGUUGAGGAGGAUGAUCCGACUUUGUACGACUGGGAGUUCAACCAGCCCUUCACCCCUGAAACCACAGACAUCGAAGGCUAUGCCAUGACUCGUGCCCAGCGGGUGCGUGCGGCCAUGUUCCCUGAAACCUUAGAGGAAGGUAUCCAGAUUCCGCCAACACAGCUUGAUGCCACUAAUCCCACCGCAGUGCAGCGCCUGGCUGAACCUUCUCAGAUGCUCAAGCACGCUGUGGUCAACCUCAUUAACUACCAAGAUGAUGCCGAGUUGGCCACUCGUGCCAUCCCCGAGCUUACGAAACUGCUCAACGAUGAGGACCAGGUUGUAGUGAACAAGGCAGCUGUAAUGGUGCACCAGUUGUCAAAGAAGGAGGCCUCGCGCCACGCUCUGAUGCGUUCACCACAGAUGGUUUCAGCAGUCGUCCGAGCAAUGCAAAACACCGGUGAUGUGGAAACCGCUCGCUGCUCUGCCGGAACCUUGCACAACCUUUCCCACCACCGAGAAGGCCUCCUUGCCAUUUUCAAGUCUGGAGGGAUCCCCGCUCUGGUUAAGAUGCUUGGUUCACCAGUGGACAGUGUGUUGUUCUACGCCAUCACCACCCUCCAUAACCUCCUCUUGCACCAAGAAGGAGCAAAGAUGGCCGUUCGCCUGGCCGGAGGACUCCAGAAGAUGGUGGCCUUGUUGUCCAACACCAACGUCAAGUUCCUUGCCAUCACAACGGACUGCCUACAGAUUCUUGCUUAUGGCAACCAGGAAAGCAAGUUGAUCAUUCUGGCCAGUGGUGGCCCCCAAGCUCUGGUCAACAUCAUGAGGACCUUCACUUAUGAGAAACUGUUAUGGACCACAAGCAGAGUGCUCAAGGUCCUCUCCGUUUGCUCCAGCAACAAACCUGCAAUAGUCGAAGCUGGAGGGAUGCAGGCUUUGGGACUCCAUCUGACUGACCCUAGCCAGCGUUUGGUCCAGAACUGCUUGUGGACUCUGAGGAACCUUUCAGACGCUGCCACUAAACAGGAGGGAAUGGAGGGUCUUCUGGGGACCCUGGUCCAGUUGCUAGGAAGCGAUGACAUCAACGUCGUGACCUGUGCGGCCGGCAUCCUCUCCAACUUGACCUGCAACAACUAUAGUAACAAACUUAUGGUCUGCCAGGUUGGAGGAAUCGAGGCCCUUGUGAGGACAGUCCUCAGGGCAGGCGACAGAGAGGACAUCACAGAGCCGGCCGUCUGCGCACUGCGGCACCUUACCUCGCGCCACCAGGAUGCCGAGAUGGCCCAGAACGCCGUCCGCCUUCAUUACGGCUUGCCUGUGGUUGUCAAACUACUGCACCCCCCGUCCCACUGGCCACUUAUCAAGGCGACAGUCGGUCUGAUUCGCAAUCUGGCCCUUUGCCCGGCCAAUCACAGCGCUCUUCGAGAGCAGGGAGCCAUUCCACGCCUGGUCCAGUUGCUUGUCAGAGCUCACCAAGAUACCCAGAGGCGCACCAGCAUGGGAGGGAACCAGCAACAGUUUGUGGAAGGUGUGCGUAUGGAAGAAAUCGUGGAAGGUUGCACUGGAGCCCUCCACAUCCUGGCGCGGGACGUCCACAACAGAAUUGUCAUCAGAGGACUUAACACCAUUCCACUCUUUGUGCAGUUGCUGUAUUCCCCAGUGGAGAACAUCCAGCGUGUGGCUGCCGGCGUGCUGUGCGAGCUGGCUCAGGACAAAGAGGCGGCAGAGGCCAUCGAAGCCGAGGGAGCCACCGCGCCGCUCACGGAGCUGCUGCACUCUCGUAACGAGGGUGUUGCCACCUAUGCUGCAGCCGUACUGUUCCGCAUGUCUGAAGACAAGCCGCAGGACUACAAGAAACGUCUGUCAGUGGAGCUCACCAGCUCUUUGUUCCGAACUGAGCCCUUGGCCUGGAAUGAGGCUGGAGAUCUUGGACUGGAUAUGGGGGCUCAGGGAGACCCUCUAGCUUACAGGCAGGAUGAUGGAGCGUACCGUGCCUUUCCCGCAGGCUACGGUCAGGAUACCCUGCUGGACCCCAUGAUGGAGGGGGCCGACUACCACGCCGACGCUCUGCCCGACCUGGGCCAUCACACUGAUCCCCUUCCAGACCUCGGUCACAGCCAGGACCUGAUGGACAGCAACCAGCUGGCCUGGUUUGACACCGACCUGUAGGAUUGUUGUUUUUGAUCGAGCCUGCCAUUGUGAUUGGCCUGUAACCUGGAUGGUCUGAAGCAGCAUUUUGAUUGGCUGUGUAAAGUUGUGAAGGUAUGGGAAGGAACAAGGGGUCUUGGAAAGUGCCUGACACCAGAAAAUAAAGAAGAUGGUUGCCAUGGGAGUGUUUUAGUAAGUUGAGGAGUGGGGUGGGGGGGAUCAGGGUGUUGGGAGAAAGGGGCUUGAAUUAACUGCAAUGGAUGUGACAUCACAAAGGUGGGGGUCUUGGAGCAGGUUACCGGUUUGGUUGAGUGCACACCAGUUGGACUUAAAGUUGGUAACAUGUUUUAGCCUUGCCUGUAUUAUCCCGUUUCAGUUCUACUUUUUGUAUUCUAUUUUUUUAUUUUUAUUUGUUUUGUAUUAUUCAUUCUUUGUUAUGGUACUGACCCAGCUUGCCUUCACACUAGCCAUCUUAAUUUUGUCUUCAAUGCUAAUCAUCUGUCUUUUUUUUUUUCAUUUUUUUUUUUACGUAUAUUACAUGUAGUGUUAAGUUAUAGUGAUAUACAAUGUUUCUUUGGUUUAUGGAAGAAUGUGUAGAACACUAAUAAUCAGUUGUACUCUGACUUAAAAUGUAACAUUGUGUAGUUUUUUUUAUAAUCAAAAAUGGAGGAUGAUGCAUUCUAAAUAUGUGCUUCUUUAAAUAUAAACUGUCAAUGUCACAUGUUCUAAAGAGAUCAAAUUGUGGGAUUUGUUGGGGAUAAAUCUAGAGAAGUUUUAUAUACAUUCACCUGGUAGGUUACUAUUUUGUAUGCUAUCGUUGGGUGUCUGAUGGAAAAUUGGUUGGCACUGUCAAAAGGUCGCCAGGUCGACGAGCAAGUUGAGAGUUCUGCUGUUUCUGUCGGAGACGAGGUUGUGACACAGCUGAACAAUAAAGUCAUUUUAUUUCAUUUA